CGGCGCGCCUGCCGUCAGCCGGCAGAGCAGCGCUGGCGGCGAGCAGCGCAGCGCGGCCGCCACAAUCGCCGCCCUGCGCCGCGAGCUGGCGCAGCCGCCGCCAGAGCCGGCCACCAUCAUCCGGCUCAAGGCCAUGAACAAGCGCGUCGUCAUCAACGUGGGCGGCGUGCGCAAUGAGGUGCUCUGGUCUACGCUGGAGCGGCUGCCGCGUACCCGGCUCGGUAAGCUGAAGGCGUGCAACACGCACGAGGACAUUCUGGGCAUCUGCGACGAGUACUCACUGAUGGAGAAUGAGUUCUUCUUCGACCGGCACCCGCGCUCGUUCUGCAGCAUCCUCAACUUCUACCGGACGGGCAAGCUGCACCUGGUGGAGGAGAUGUGCGUGAUUGCCUUCAGCGAGGACCUCGAGUACUGGGGCAUCGACGAACUGUACCUCGAGUCGUGCUGCCAGCACAAGUACCACACCCGGCGCGAGUACGUCAACGAGGAGAUGAAAAAGGAGGCUGAUUCGCUCAAGACGGGGGAAACGGAGCAGUUCGGCUCCGGCAAAUGGGCCCAGUACCAGAAGUUCCUUUGGGACCUCAUGGAGAAGCCGACCACGUCGCUGGGCGCUCGGGUUCUGGCCAUUGUAUCUGUCCUCUUCAUUGUGGUCUCCACCACGUCCCUGGUGCUCAACACUUUGCCCAGUCUCCAGGACGAUGGAGGUGAUAACAAAUAUCUCUCCCAAGUGGAGACAGUCUGCAUCACUUGGUUCACCCUGGAGUACCUCUUGCGUUUCGCCGCUUCUCCCAACAAGUGGCAGUUCUUCAAGGGUGCCAUGAAUAUCAUCGACUUGUUGGCGAUCAUGCCUUAUUACGUGUCUCUCUUUCCGCUGGACUCCAGCAAAAAGGAGAAUCAAUUUGACGACGUUCGUCGUGUCAUAGCCAUAUUCCGAAUCAUGCGAAUUUUGCGGAUCCUCAAGUUGGCGCGCCACUCAACUGGCUUGCAGAGUCUGGGCUUCACACUGAAGAAUUCGUACAAGGAGCUCGGCUUGCUCCUGAUGUUUCUGGCCAUCACUGUGCUCAUCUUCUCGAGCCUCGCUUACUUUGCCGAGAAAGAUUGCAACAAAAAAGACUACGGGAGCAUUCCGGAGACAUUCUGGUGGGCCCUGAUCACCAUGACCACGGUCGGGUACGGUGACGCCUUUCCCCGAACCCCACUAGGCAAGGGGGUGGGAGCGGUUUGCGCCAUAUGUGGUGUGCUGGUCAUUGCCCUGCCCAUCCCCAUCAUCGUCAACAACUUCGCCGAGUUCUACAAGAGCCAGAUGAUGCGCGAAAAGGCGAUGAAGCGGCGCGAGGCGCUGGAGAAGGCGCGUCGAGACGGCAGCGUCGCCAGCUUCCACGACGUCAACCUGCGGGACGCCUUCGCCAAGUCGGUCGACAUCGUGGACGUCAUGGUUGAGCCAGGAGACAAGCCUUCUGAUGGUGGCGCAGCAGACCUGAACAAAGUGGACGCCAAAAACGCCCAGCCGCCAGAGCCUGGACCCAACCAGCUGCAGACACGGGCGGACAGCCCCGGCACGCCGGCGGCCGGGUCGCCGGCGUCGGUCAAGCGAGGUCACGGCACGCCAGAGCCCCGGCUGCAGGGCAUGUCGUACGCGCUCAACUCCAUCUCGCCGGCGGAUAUUUUGAAGCCGGGGGGCGAGCCGACGCCCCCGUCCGACCCCAGCCAACCCUGGUCCUCCGGCAUCGAGCUGCAGACCAUGCCCAAGACUCAGCCGCCAGCGUCCGACGCCCCCGCCGAGCCUCACCCGGACCUGCUCAGUCUGGCGAGCAGUGACACCUUCUCUACCUGUCGGACGCACCCGUUCCCGUCCGAGGGCGACCUGACGGCCGGCGCGCCGCCCGAGCGCACAGCCGACAGCGGACAGCCUGAGCGGACAGCGGACGGCGCGACGCCCGGCCCGGCGAACGGCCGGGACUCGGCGGCCUCUCGCCGUGCCGGGCCCCACGAGGCGGAGGUGGCCGUGUCUCCUCGCCUGCUCGCGUGGUCGCACCAGACGGACAGGCCAUCCGGCGACAGAGUGAAGACGGUGCCGAAGGCCUGGCUGACGUUCGGCGAUCGGGACUGCUGACGCGACUGGCGUGGCUGACGAGGCUGACGUAGCUGACGUGGCCGACGUGGCUGACGUCCGGCCGUGCUGAGGGCCGCGCCAAUGCGAGCCCGAUGCCGUGCAUCCGCCGCUCUCUCGACCCCAGACGUCCGCGUGUCGCGACGCCAUCGCGAGACCGUCCAAGCCGGCUGUCGGUGGGCCGGGCGCGGCGGCUGUCGGUGGGCCGGGCACGGCGGCUGUCGGUGGGCCGGGCGCGGCGGCGGCGGCGGCGGUGGCGGCUGCGCGUCCGACGGACAGGCCGCCCCGGACCGGCGAGCCGCGGUCCGGCCGCGCCAGGCGUCCGUCGCUGCUGUGAGAACUGGCAUGCCGCAAGCGGCAACCAUUCAGCGCAACUGCAUCAGUAGGCUCUCCGCAACCACACCGUGUUUGGAUCACUGACGUUAGCCCGGCCCGAUCGCUGCUUGGCUGGCGAUGCCGGGGUCUGUGCCACAGCGCAGGCUAGGCUCGUGUUGUCGACGCCCAGAACACUUCCCUACACGCCCAGAGGAUCGCCACAGUCGCCGGUACCAGUGGCCGGACGUCCAAGUGGCUUAGUCGGGUAUCAGUACUGAGCAGCUGCGGUCUGGUUGUGGCUCAAUUGUGGCGUCGGAUGAUUUAAACUGCGCGUAUUUCGGUGAGACCGCGCAGUCGGUGGUCCCCGUCUGAUGUUUACGUGCGCGAUUUAGGCCCGUACAAGCCCCGCCUUAUUCUCACAUCACACAUCGCUUGCGUCGUAGCGUGUUGGCGCUCAAUGCUUUUUGCCGUUUCGUGAGGAGCACUCGUGGUGCAUCCAUCAGCAAUAGUGCUGCACACACGAUGCUGCCCUGAGGGACGCGUGCUGUCCCCAGUGAUACAUUAGGGUGCUCUCGCUCUGGGCGUAUUGGUCGUUACCGCCGAUGGGCUCUGUGGCGCAGUGUCGUGCCCCUCCCCGGUGUUGUUAGCACGGUCUUGGGAGAGAGAGGGGCAGAGGAGACCCCAACGCCGACGUCGGUCCGUCGGUGUGUGUCGCUCGGUCCCAUCGGCCCGUUCACUCUCCCACCGCGCACGACAUCGGCAUAUCCUGACGAGGGCCUGCACUUCAUGCUUCUCGCCGCAUACGUUUUCAGCUUCUUGCCUCGGCAGUAGCAAAAGUGUAGACAUAGUUUUACAUGACAUAGUCUAGUUUCAAGUUUUAAUAUAGUUAGGCACGGUUUUGACCUAUUUAUUUGCGUCCCGUCUCUCCAUGAAUGCAUUCAGCAACCCUUGGAAGCCAAGGUCAUUUGUCCUCAAAAACCUAUCCAUAUCUCUUGGUCUGCUGGUUGUGCCAAGCUGUGCAAAUAUGAGGUGUCUUUCUGAAAGCGACGUACCGAACGUGUGUAGCGUGUUCUGAUCUACAACACAAUCGACUCGUUUGCCUUUGCAUUAUGAUGCACUGCACCGCGUGCCGGACCUUUCAGUGCAGUGUUUGUUGUGUCGCUUUCCUUUGCAUCGUUUUGGCGGUAGCCGCUGUUUGGCGGAGUUCUCCCCGGCUGUGGCUCACGAGGUGAAUUGUAUCAGUCUUCACAAUGAGGCCGUCUGUCAUAUUCCUGCGCAGCUAUCUCAGUUUAUAUUUGCACGGUGGAAUCGAUUAUUUGAAGCCGCUAGUCCUUCCUCCCUGUGAUCAACGGGUAUCUUGUUAGUUGUUUCCGAGGUUAUGCGGUGUUGCAUGAGGUUUAUCUGUGUCGCACAUUUUCAAUUUAAUAUUAUAUAUCAUCACAAUACAACUUCUUGAAUCACGA